AUGCAGGAGGUUCUCAAUUCGGAUGUUCGCCCAUGGCCUUCGCAAGGUCCCAACCGCAGUAGGCCACUAGACUUGGUGGAUUCCGAAGAACCACCCCACGAGACUGCUGCUGGGAAUCGCACCCCACAGCCACCACCUGGAUCACACCUUAGAUGUAAAGGCGUUGCACACUCCGAAGAGGACCCAGAAACAAGCCUGACUGCUCUCUCCAUCGCUACCAGUACACGCCCGAAGACGACG